AUGUCCGACAACAUCCAGGAUAGGCUUUGUGAUGUUCUCGGGGGGUCUUUGUCUCUCCUGGAUUCCUUGAAAGGGAUACUACCAUCCAUGGAAUGGAAACGCAAUGUCCGCGUCGGAGAUGAUGACAGCGCAAUUAUCAUUAGUGCCGGCAUCGCGAAUAAGUUGACGCUGUGCACUCUCGGUGAUGAUUACAGCAACUCCGACAUUGCGCGCCAUCUUUCUGAGAUAUACGAUUUCCGGUUUGAUGAGAAGGUGAUAGAUGACUAUAGAAACCUUAAAGCAGAGGGCACCGACGAACAGUCCGAUAUUUCAGGCAUUCACUAUGAUUCUGGUGAGGUCCCAGUCGGACUGCUGAAGAAAGCCCUCGCUCUGGGGAACGAAGGGUUCAGUAUAGAGUUUUGCAUCGAGUACUUCCGUGCAAAGUAUGGCGUGACCAUCUCGCCAAACUCCCUGGAACAGGCUGUCUAUGACCUCAGAACUAUAAUCGCCGAGGAAGCAAAUCGGUUUGACAACGAAACUCGCGCCGGGCUUGAUUCCCUAAUCAUACACAAGCAAGAGCUCAAUGAGGAUGGGGCAGGCGUAUCUGAAGAGUCCCAGCGUUACCUCACCAGAUUGUUCGUGGGAGGAAUUGCCAAUUGUGAAGCCUCGACUCUGAGGUUGUCAGGCGGUCAAUUUGCUGAGCAAGGCUAUGCGACCAAUGCAAACGACAUCGUCCUGAAAAAGCGACAAGAUCUUGAGGAAACAAUCCGCGCUAUUAAAUCAGGUCCUAAGCCAAGCAUGGUCACUUCGAACAAUAACAAUGCUUCCACAUCGUCCUCUGAGUUUUCCGACAGACUCGAUAGCCUUCGCAUGAAGAUUGCAAGGUUGAUGAAGAGCAAGCAAGAACGAUGA